GUUCACAUGAAAACAUAUUCAUUAAAAUUGGAUUUUCUCAGUUUAAUGCAGCCAAGUCUUUAAAAAGCUAAUUUUGAAGCUCCAACAUUUGUCGGCAAGACACAUUUUUUAAACAAAACACAUUUUGAAAUUAUUUUUUAACUUCUUGAUGUUUUUAUGCUGAUCUGUCAAACAUUGCUGGGCAUAUGUUUGAAUGCUUGAGUUGAAAUCCAUUUAUUGUUUUAUGAAUGAUCCCUAAUAAAAGUGAAGCGAUUCACCUUAAACAACUUUUGUCCUUAAAUUCAGAGACUAAAGGAAAGACGAAAAUGUAAAAUUCUUGGUGAGAAUUCAAUUAUUGUAAAUAUUUAAAUGCAACAUUCUAAAAAUUAAUGAGGUCACCUCAAAAACAUAAAUACAGUGUGUUUUUCUAAACGAUGAAAUGGGACUUUUGGUGGAUUUUGGUCAUGAUAUUUUGAGCUUUAUUUUUAUAAAUGCCCUCGAUCAUCAGAACAAUAGGCCAAAAACAUGAUAAAAGCACAAGACUUUUAUCAUGUUUUUUUGGGGGGUGGGGAGGGGGCUCCAUGUAGGAUGAUCGCCCAUGGUGCUAGUUAAGCCAGUGCCGCCUCUGAUAAUUUAAAUCCGGUCUAAAACCUUUCAUCCACAUUCUGUGUUGAUGGAAUUGUUUGCGUAAAACGUUCAAAUUAAAAGAGCAACAGAAUUUGGGGCUGCUCCAAAGAUGUUUGCGGCUCCAACAGAACAUGAUCAGAAGAAGAUUUGCACACCAGCGGAGGUCGCUCUCCCCUAUUUCUCCUCCUCCUCCUCCUCCUCUCCCCUGCCUUCCUCGCUCUCCCUCCAACUCUCAUCCCCCUUCACACUACAGGGAAGGGAGAGAAAAUUGGGUUCAAGCUUUUCCGGUCUGAUAGCCCUAAUUUCCUCCCGGACCUCUGGCACAGAAGCUGCGGGGAGGCGCAGGCUCAGCUAGGGAGAUCGUGGCCGCGCAGGAGCAGGAGCUCAGACGCACGCACGCAGCCGCUCGGAGACUCCGCGCGGCUGCAACACACCGCUCGGGCGGAUUCUCGCUUCCAGCCACAGCUCCGCUGCGCUCCUUCCGCCGGCCGUAAAGCUGUCUCUGGCCGCGCCGCAGCUCCCACCUCCAGGAUUUCUCUGCUGUUAUGUAAGUCGGUCGCUCCUCGCGCAGAAGGAUCUGUUGUUCUCCGACUCAGCGGCCGCAGGCUGACGCGCGCCAGUAGGAUCCAGCACCGGCCUGCCGUCCUGAGCGCAAGUAUCAGCAGGCAGAGCGCACAGGGUGGAAACCUGAGGCCAGCAGGGAUGAGAGCUCAGCCCGGCCGGAUUUCACUGCUGCGCUGCCAUAAGCAUCUGGAAAGGAUAACAUUGGGAUCGACUCCCCCUCUAGAAGAGCAGCUCAGACGCUCCAGCUGUUCCUUGAAGGAUGCCUUUUAGUCUGUGUUUGCUAAGCAACCCUUUGCUCCUGACUGCUCUGAGCGCCUAGGUUUAGAUUCAGAGGCAGGCGGAUGCUCCUCAGUGACACACAAACAUCCGCCCCCCCAAAAAAGAACCCUGACAGGCUCCAAGGUCUCCUCCCAAAACACAGACAUGCACUGAAGAUGUGUGCUGCCAGGUUCAGCGGCUGCCUCAAUGGCUCUGCAGAGGAGGCCAGCUGUAGUGCCAAUGCUCCGGUCAUAACCUCCAGAAUGCUGGACUGGACAGGGGCCGGGCCCCGCAUCCUCCACACCCUGGAGAUGGGCAUGGGCCUAACGGUCUUCUACCAGAAGAAGUCCCAGCGACCUGAGAGGAGAACCUUCCAUAUCCGGCAGGACACCAGGCAGAUAGUGUGGUGUCGAAACCGGGACAAAAUAGAAGGAGAGGUGGACAUACGGGAGAUUCGAGAGCUGCGGUUGGGGAAGGGCUCCAGAGACUUCGAGCGCUACCCAGAGGAGGCUCGUAAAUUGGACCCCACCCUUUGCUUCAUCGUUCUCUACGGUGUGGAGUUUCGCCUGCGGACCCUUUGUGUGGCUGCUUACAGUGAGGAGGAGGUCAACAUGUGGAUCUCUGGACUCAACUGGAUGAUGAUGGACACCAAGAGAGCACCGGCCCCACAGCAGAUUGACAGGUGGUUGAGGAAACAGUUUGAAGUCAUGGACAGAAGUCACGAGGGCAGCAUCACUGUGAAGGAAGUCAAAGCUCUUCUGCCCCAGAUCAACUACAGAGUCCCUAAUACACGUUUUCUCAAAGACAAGUUGCAGGAGGUGGAGGCUAGAAGUGAACUGUCGUACCCUAACUUUGCACAGCUGUACAGAACUCUGAUGUUUGAUGCUCAGAGGAGCAUUAUUGAGCAGCUGGACCUCUCCUUUCCCUUGCGAAACGUCGACCGGCCUGAGCUUUGUCAGAUCUCCCUUUAUGACUUCCAGAAGUUUUUACAGAUGGACCAGAAGGAGUCCUGGGCGUCAGACCUGAGUCGCGUUAGGGAGUUUCUACUGGGCUACAUGAAGGGAGCACCGCAACCUGAACCCACACUACAACUGGAUGAGUUCCUGGCCUUCUUGUUUUCCAAAGAGAAUUCGGUUUGUAACCCACGUCUUUCACCUGUCAAUCCCGAUGAGAUGAAAAGACCUCUCUCCCAAUACUGGAUUUCCUCCUCUCACAACACUUACCUGACAGGUGACCAGUUUUCCAGCGAGUCAUCUCUGGAAGCUUACGCCCGCUGUCUGAGGAUGGGCUGUCGGUGCAUUGAAUUGGACUGCUGGGAUGGUCCCGAGGACCUGCCAAUCAUCUACCACGGCCACACUUUGACCUCCAAGAUCAAAUUCUUGGAUGUGUUGCACACAAUUAAGGAGCAUGCCUUUGUCACGUCUGAGUAUCCUGUGAUCUUGUCCAUCGAGGACCACUGCAGUGUGGUCCAACAGAGAAACAUGGCAACAAACUUCAAGAAAGUCUUUGGAGAUCUGCUGCUCACAAAGCCGGUCGACAACAACGCAGAUGAGCUCCCGUCUCCGUACCAGCUGCGCAGGAAGAUUCUCAUCAAGCACAAGAAAUUGGUGGAAGGAACUUUAUAUGAAGAGGUGAUGUCAGCCAGCUACUCUGAGAAUGACAUCAGCAACUCCCUGAAGAACGGCAUCCUUUACCUGGAGGACCCCAUCGACCAUACAUGGACGCCACACUAUUUUGUCUUGACCAGUAAUAAGAUUUACUACUCAGAGGAGACGUCUCAUUACCAAACAGCGGAUGAAGAGGAGGAUGAUGAAGGAAAAGAGGAGUGCAACAACAACGAGCAGCACUGUGCAGAGCGCUGGUUCCACGGGAAGUUAGGUGGAGGGCGGGAUGGCCGGCAGGUGGCUGAGAAGCUCCUGCAGGACUACUGUGAAGGCGGAGGAAAAGACGGCACCUUCCUGGUGCGCGAGAGUGAGACUUUUGUGGGAGACUACACCCUUUCCUUCUGGCGCUCCGGGCGAGUCCAGCACUGCAGGAUCCACUCACGGCAGGAGUCCGGCUCCACCCGCUUCUACCUGACGGACAACCUGGUGUUUGACAGCCUCUACCGCCUCAUCUGUCACUACAGAGACACGCCGCUGCGCUGCAACGAGUUUGAGAUGAGGCUGGGCAACCCUGUGCCACAACCCAAUGCUCACGAGAGCCGAGAGUGGUACCAUUCCAGUCUGUCCCGCGUUCAGGCUGAACACAUGCUGAUGCGUGUCCCGAGGGACGGAGCUUUUUUGGUGCGCAAACGUAGCGAACACAACUCCUACGCCAUCUCCUUCAGGGCGGAAGGUAAGAUCAAGCACUGCCGCAUCCAGCAGGAGGGUCGGCUUUUCAUGCUGGGAAGCUCAGCCGAGUUUGAGAGUCUGGUGGAUCUUGUGAGCUACUAUGAGAAGCAUCCUCUGUACCGCAAGAUGAGGCUCCGCUAUCCCAUCAACGAGGACACUCUGGACAGGAUGGGCACCACGGAACUCGAUUAUGGAGCGUUGUAUGAAGUCCGCACGCCUCAUUUCUACGUGGAAGCCAAUAAGAUGCCCACAGCUCGGUGCACCGUCAAAGCUCUGUAUGACUACAGAGCACAGAGAGAGGACGAGCUCUGUUUCCCCAAACAAGCGCUCAUCCUCAAUGUGGACAAGCAGGAGGGCGGCUGGUGGAGAGGUGACUAUGGAGGAAAGAAGCAGCUGUGGUUUCCUGCCAACUACGUGGAGGAGGUGCCCACCUCUCCCACCAGAGAACUGGAUGAAGCGUCAUCAGAGAACAGUCCUCUGGGUAACCUCCUGAAGGGCUUCAUCGAUGUACCCACCUGCCAUGUUGUGGUCCAUAAAGACGGGAAGAACUUGCGGCCCUUCGUGUUCACCAUUCACUCCCAGAACAUGUCCUCUCACCCGGUCCAGACUCUAGACGUGGCUGCUGACACCCUGGAGGAUCUCUCCAGUUGGGUUGGCAAAAUCAAGGAGGCCACCCAAAAUGCUGAUGCUCGGAUGCAAGAGGAGAAACAGAUGGAGAGGAGAAAGAAGAUUGCAGUGGAGCUGUCCGAUCUGGUGGUUUACUGCAGACCUGUCCCUUUCAACGAGGACAAAAUUGGGACGGAGCGCGCCUGUUACCGGGACAUGUCCUCCUUCCCUGAGACAAAGGCAGAGAAGUUUGCGACUCGAGGUCGAGGGAAGCGUUUCCUGCAGUACAAUCGCCGCCAGCUGUCUAGAGUUUACCCCAGAGGGCAGAGACUGGACUCUUCAAACUACGACCCACUUCCCAUGUGGCUCUGCGGCUCCCAGCUGGUGGCUCUAAAUUUCCAGACACCAGAUAAACCCAUGCAGCUGAACCAGGCUUUGUUCAUGCUGGGAGGUGGCAGCGGCUACGUCCCUCAGCCUGACAUCAUGAGGGACGACGCCUUCGACCCUUUCGACAAAGACACGCUGCAUGUGGAGCCAAUUACCAUCCAGAUCCAGGUGCUUGGAGCCCGACAUCUCCCCAAAAACGGCCGCAGCAUCGUGUGUCCUUUUGUGGAAAUGGAGAUCUGUGGAGCCGAUUACGACUGCUGCAAGUUCAAGACUGAUGUUGUCGCUGAUAACGGCCUGAAUCCAGUGUGGCUGCAGAAACAGUUUGUGUUUGACAUCCACAAUCCCACCUUCUCCUUCCUGCGCUUCACUGUGUACGAAGAGGACAUGUUCAGCGACCCCAACUUUCUGGCGCAGGCGACGUACCCAGUCCGCCUGUUGCGAACAGGGUACAGAAGUGUUCCUCUGAAAAACAGCUACAGUGAGGAGCUGGAAUUGGCGUCUCUUUUGGUUCAUAUAGAGAUUGUCAAUGCAAAGGAAGAAGACGAUGAGAACUUGUAUACAUCAAUCCAGCGGCUUCGGGAUCGAACCAGCGAGCUGUCCACCCAGGUGUCUCUCCUGGAGAGGGCAGGCUCUGCAGACCUUAGCUACCAGCAGAGUCUGGAAGAGCUGCGAGCUGCUCAGGACCAGCUGAGCGAGCUGGUGGAGGCUCGCAACCGCAGGCUGACAGAGAAGAAGAGGAGGGAGAAGCUGAGGCAGCAGGUGGCGGCAAAGCGAAGCUAGCCAUCUCAUCCAGCGCGAUAUCCAUCUCAUCCAGACGAUAUCUCCACUGCAGCAAUAUUAAACAUGAAAUAUGUAACUGGGGAAAAAAUGCAUGAAACUAACCAAAUUCCUUAUUAGUAGGAAGUGGGAUGUCCUGGUGCUAACAAACGCAGAAACACAAGCACAGAGUGACAACACUUAACUAAGCUAUAAAGCAAUCAUGCUAAAGGGCUGUUAUGCAUCGAGAGCAUUCUGGAGCUAAAAAGCAGAGCUGCUUAUCUUUUUAGUAAUUGAAUGAAUCACGAAUCACCCUUUUUAUAUGCCAUUUUUAUCAUAAAUUCUUUAUAUGGUCACAUUUUGAGAAAACAAUUUAAUUGCAGUAGAUUUUGAACAGGUAACUAAAAAAUUGGCAGCAAAAUUCUACAUGAAAAGAAACCACUUGAAAGGAAAUAUUGAUAAAUAUGUAGUUUGUUUUAUAAAGAAAUGCACUUAAUACAUUCCUGGUGCAGGAAUGUAGGAAGUAAAUCCAUUUGUGGCCUCUCAGCUCAAUAAAUCCCAUCUAAUGGAAUCAAUGGCCACAAAUAUAAAAAACAAAGCCUGUGGGCCAGUCUGCUCUCAAUGCCUUUCAGGUUUUAAGGGGAAAAACUGGUUAAAAAGGGAGACAAAUUCUCAGGUUAUUCUCAAAUAAAGUAAAAAACUCACAUGUUGGUAUAAAAGGAGCAUUGCUGAAAGGAAAUAUCUCAAACGUGCCUUUGUUGAUGGCCUUUGUUGCUCUAGUGAAGGAAAACUGGCUGCUUUUUUUUUUACAACUGGAAAGGUAUGAAAACUGGAUAAGGUGAUCUCCUGUUGGCUCAGACCACUAUACUCAUUAAGGAUUUAAGACUGACUAAGAUCCUCCUGAUCAAGUCUUGGUUUGGGGGAUCUCAUGAACUCCUUUCCCUCUAUGUCCCAUUGGGGAGAGCACAAACUGUACAAAGAGGUCAGUAAAUCCUUCUACAAGGGCUCGAGGUUUAUCCACACUACUUUCAAGUGUGCAGGAACUAAAAAAGGGGCAAGUACCCUCACCCUCCUGGAUGUCGCUCGCACUGGGGCUCCAGUGUGUUACACACAUUUGUAUAAGCUAUGUAAGGGCUAUUAGCACUCAGCUCGGAUUCAGCGCCUCACGCCUGAAACAGGAUGGGUUCCAUCAUCUGGCUCUAAUCAACAGAUGUGGCUCAGCUUGUCCUGGACCUGCCAGAACUAUUCUGGUCUGAGCCUUUGCAUGUUUUCAUGUCUCACUCCAACUAAUUUAUAUAACUUCUUAUUUAUCAGUAGAUCCUGUUUUCAUGGAGAUAGAAAUGAUAGAAAUAUAUUAGAAGAAUCCUUAUGGAGUAAAAAUCAAGACCAUAAAAUCCCCUUUAAAUGUUCCCACGGACUGUGGAGAUUCUCAGUCAUUCAGCUCUUGCAUCACAGGAAUCAGUUCCUCAGGGCAGCUGAACUUUUAAAGAUUCACAUAAAAGACAUUUGGAAUAACAUCCUAGUGCCCCUUUGGUUCUGAGCUGAAAAAGCUAUUCGUAUUAGCAGUCAAAUGCCUUCUAGAUCAACGUUGAAGAAUAGAACCCUUUUGUCCCCGUAGACCCAAACCAGACUUUUUCCCAGCAGCUCUAUUGGGAGCUCUAUGCAAACCUUCUUGGCCUACAGUCAUUGUGUGUUAAGUGAUUUGACAGAAGUUUUCUUCUUUCUGUACUUAAGGCCAUUGUCAGUAUUAUUACUCUGCAUUUCAGAUCAAGUGCAAGUUCCCAGUAAAUAAAGCUCUUUCAUGGA